GCCCUAUUUUCCUCUGCCACUCUCAAUCCUCGCAGAAAACACAUCUUCUUUGGAUUAUCAUCUGGUAUCAUAGUCAAGUUGAUCAGAUGGUUAUCCCAAUCCAACCUACCAUCCCAUUUUUUGAAGGAAAUGGAUAUGAUACUUGGAGUAUAAAGAUGAGGACUCUUUUUAUCUCCGAAGAUCUGUGGGAGCUUGUGGAUAAGGGUUAUGUAGAAGAGGAAAUUCCAAGAGAUGCUAUUAGAGAUGUACGAAAGAAUGAUGCUAAGGCAUUGUUUUUUAUUCAACAAGCAAUCACAGAGAGUAUUUUUCCUCAAAUUUCAAAGGCAACAAAGUCUAAGGAAGCAUGGGACACUUUGCAAACAAAAUAUCAAAGCACAAGCCUGGAUGCAGCUCAAGAUGGAGAUGGUAGCCAAACUGACAUCCCUCUCAUGGAUGACUCUGUGUAUGAGGCAGCAGCGAAGGGCGACAUUGAAGCUCUGAAGAAAAUUCCAGAGUCCGAAUUUCAUGCCCAAUUAAGCCCAAAGCAUAACACAAUACUCCAUAUUGCAAGUGAAUUCGCAAGGGAAGGGCAUUUGAAGGUCGUGGAAGCUCUUAUAAAUGCUGCAAGAAAACCUACACUAGAUAUUGAAACUGGGCCUGGACCACAUAAGGUUAUGCUGAGGAUGAAAAAUAAGGGGAAAGACACAGCCUUGCAUGAGGCAGUGCGAUAUGGGAAUUGUGAGGUGGUGAAGUUAUUGAUCAAGGAGGACCCCGAUUUGGUCUAUGGUGCUAAUGAUUCAGGUACGACUCCUCUUUACAUGGCUGCGGAGAGAGGAUUUACAGACUUGGUGGAAAUAAUCAUAGAUGAAAGUAAGGAAACUGGUACUUCACCCCCUUCCAUUGGCUUCAUGGGUAGAACAGCCUUGCACGCAGCUGUAAUAUGCAAUGACCAAGAAAUGACAAAGACGAUACUGCAAUGGAAACCAGACCUCACCAAAGAAGUAGAUCAGAAGGGAUGGUCUCCACUUCACCAUGCUGCAGAGAGAGGUUGUGAUCUAAAAAUAGUGGCGUUAUUGCUAGAAAAAUCAGAAAAGAGUGUAGCCUACCUUAGGAGCAAAGAUGGGAAGAAGACUGCCCUUCAUAUUGCAUCUUUCCACCAUCAUACAAAAAUAGUAGAGGAGAUCCUAUCUCACUCUCCUGGUUGUCGGGAGCAGGUCGAUGACAAGGGCAAUAAUAUUUUUCACUUUGCCAUGAUGAAAAAGGGAGACGGAGACGAUGAUUUGAAGCCUAGUAAUUACUUCAAUAAAUGGUUAGGGUCAAGAGGACUUGUAAAUGAGAAAAAUGCUCAAGGAAACACACCCAUCCACCUGCUCUCUCUUAAUCAAAUUUCAGAUUUUUUGUUCGUACUCCACCACACUGUAGAUAAGAGGGCGUACAACAAUGAAGACUUAACAGCUUAUGACAUAAUUUUGAGGGCCAAAGAGGACAUUUAUGAGGAAAAGGAUGAUAUCCAAGCUGACUUCGAGUGUGUUAUGGCUGAAUUUAGUUCUUCGGCUCGGGAGAGGGUAACUAAGAGAUGGGAGAGAAAGAAAGAAAGGAAAGAAUACAUCUCUCAAUUGCAAAAACAAGGGGAAACCCACUUGAUAGUUUCUGCGCUUAUAACAACAGUAACUUUUGCUGCGGGUUUCACCUUACCCGGUGGUUACAAGGAGGAUGAUGGCCAGGCAAUUUUAUCAAAGAAAGCAGCUUUCGAAGCAUUUGUUGUGACGGAUACCAUAGCCAUGGUAUCUUCACUAUGCGCCGUAUUUCUUCACUUUUUUAUGACCAUGCGCCAACGUGGGGAGUUCCUUGAAAAACACUUACUUUGGGCCUUUUUUUUGACCAUGGUUGGGAUGGGAGCAAUGGCCAUCGCUUUCGCAACCGGCUUGUACGCUGUUUUACCGCAUUCCUCGGGCCUUUCAGUUCUCACUUGCAUCCUCUGCUCUUGCUUUUUCCUCUCCAUUGCAGUUGAAUAUUGUUUAUUUUGGAGAGGUACGAUUUCGGACAUCAUAAUCAAAAUAAUCGUUGGAUUAGUUGAAUUGAUCUUUGGAUGGUGUGAGGAGAGAGAGAACCGGCUCUGAGCAAACUGAUAUCGGAAGCAAGGAAAGCUGAAAGUAGGGAAUCAAAAUAUACUCAUUUGAAUUUGUAUUUGCAUGGGAAUUAUAUUUUAAAUCUGAGUGGACUAUUGAACUCAUUUGUCUGGGCUGAAAUUAAACUUAUUUGAAGUGUUUUCUUGGUUUGGAUUUCAUUCAUACACUUUCAAGUCUUUAUAAUCCACUAUUUAUUUAUUGUAAA